AUGAAGCUCAACGCCAUCCUCUUCGCCUUGGUCUGUCUCGGCUUGCUUGCUCUCGCGCUCGCCCACGAUGGCGAAGACCACAGCGGCAAGAAGAACGACGACAAGAAGGACCAUGACUGGGACUGGGACAAGCACCACGACUGCGACGACAAGGAGGAUGAUGAUGAUGAUGAUGAUGACAAGGAGGAGGGCAGGUGCUACUGGAAGUGUGUCAAGGUGUGCCACAAGAAGAAGCCCCACCACACCUCCACGACCAAGAAGCACACCUCGACCACGACCCCCAAGGAGACCACCACGACCAAGAAGCACACCACAUCGACCACGACCGAGGACUGCCCCAAGGAGACCACGACGACCAAGAAGCACACCACAUCGACCACGACCGAGGACUGCCCCAAGGAGACCUCCACGUCGACCAGGAAGCACACCACAUCGACCACGACCAAGGAGUGCCCCAGGGAAACCACGUCGACCAAGAAGCACUCGACCACCACGACCGAGGACUGCCCCAGGGAGACCACGUCGACCAAGAAGCACUGCGACGACGAUUACAAGCACUAA